AUGCCGACUGCCCCCGAAGCUGCAGAGCAAUCCAGGAAGCAAAAUUCUGUUUCCCACAAUAUUCAGCUCUAUAAAAAAGAAAAUCCCCAAGGUCAAAUGUUGAGUCUUACUGAUAUUUGUCCUAGGCUAUGUGGCUCUUGGAUAUUGUAUGAAAUGUCUAAAUAGGGCAGACUGUAUUUAUUGAAACCAAGGGAAUAGAGAAGAAUUCUUGACUGUAGUACAUCCUAUGCAAGCUCUGCAUACAAGGAAGGGAGCUGCCCUACAGUGGCAGCAGGUUGGAUGUAUGGAUAUAUCCGUGUUCUGCAGGCUAUGCUGGCAGGCCUCUCUGGAGCAUAUGUAAAACACGUGUAUGUGCUUGGUAACCUUUACUACUUACGAAGCAAAGCAGUGCGGAAGUUUCCUGAGGUGCUCGGAAUGGGGAUGCUGAUUGUUUACGGGCACGCUCCUGGUGCGGCCGAGGGGCCGGACCGGGCCCGCCGGCUGUGCAGGCGAGGCGCCUCGGGCUGCGGAUCGGCUGUGCCGCCGGGGCUCUGCCCCCGCCGCGCCCGCCCCGGGCGGGCACUGCCCCUGCCCGCAGCCAACAUGGCGCCCGCGGCUUCCCCGCCCCUCGGCGGCGGCCCGGGGCGUGUGCGGGAGCGCGGGCGGGGCGGGCGAUGUGGCGAGGCUCGGCCCCUCCUGCCCGGCCGCCACUCGCCGCGGCCUGGGUAG